AUCUCAAUAUCAGGGGUAUAAGCAGUCUCUUUCUGCACUCAAGGGAAUAAGAAAGCACACAUUUUAGUGGAGGAGGGGUUGCGGUUCGUGAGCAGGUUUUUUUUUCACGUGUUCAAGGAAACAUGGCAUGGUCAAUGCUGAAUCGAUGAUCCGAUCCCCGAUGGAAACCCAAUGUUUUGUGGGAAUAUACUUAUAGAUGCGCCUUUUAUUUUUGUUCAAGAUGUUGUUCAUGCAAUAGAUUCCGAGCAUACGACCUGGUGACUUAAGCAAACUCCAAAUGCCAUGGCCGUUCCUCGUGUGCCGGUUUUCUUGUCUUUACCUCUAAGUCCUCAUACCCGUUUUGUUUGAUAUGCUCAAGGUACUAAAGUUUGGCCUCUUUACUGACAUGUCCUAUGUAGCGCCAGCACGUCGUGCCAAUUAUAUGAAUAGCAUGAUCUUGUACAUCGCAUCAACAGCUCUGGACUCACUGACACACUUCACACCAAACUUGCUGCCUCGAUAGUACCUAUGCAGUCUCCGAUUCUCCCGGUCGUCCUGCCAGUCCGAUGAAGUAACACUGCGGAUGGCGUUUGUCGGCUGCUUCCUGUUGUGGUCGCUGUCGAGACAUGGCCAACACAUUGGAUCCCUUGGUGGAAAGAAGACUGCGGAGUGUCUAUUGGCUGCGGAGAGAGGUUGAAAAUGGAUGUAUACCUCCAAACACAAGCACCACAUGUGGGUUGCUGCAGUAGAAAGUCCAUCUUGCGGGCUUCAUUCUGUCAUUUAUCGUAUUUGAGGUCUCAACAUUGCACCGAUACGAGGGAUGUUGAUCGAUGAAACGUCUUACCGCUCGUGUUGCACUUCAUUUUGAUAUCACGGGCUGCUCGCAUCUGAUACUCUUGCCAGCUCAACACUGGGGCCCUGUACUUCAACACUAAACCUUAGGAAGCUCUUUUGGCCGGCAAGUUCGGUGUAAUCCCCCACAUCGCAGGCAUCAUUUGAAUCAGUCUGGGUUACUACACAGUCAGAGAUUUGUGAUCAAAUUCAGCUUGAUUGUUGGACAGUGGAUGCCUAUUGGGCAAAGAAAGGUGAGGCGGUUUGCCUGCUGGCAAGGUGUGUAUUCACCAUUAGAAGCUAUUGGGUCAGAAGUGGGAGCGAGACUUGAACUCUGCGGUGGAAAAGUUGGUAAGAUCGCGCCAAGGAGUUUCUACACUUUGAGAGUGUUUGUUCGGAUGCCGUUGGCCUGCAGUGCGACCCUGAAUUUGCAGACAUCAAAAUUGAGGCUGACGAAGUUUGAAGAUCAACUGUCAAUGGAAAUAGGUGGGUGGGUACCAGUGGAGGUGUUGGCCUCAGACCCACCAGCAGCGAAUUUAGCGCCUCUACAUAGGGGACGGGAACACUAGGGUAGUGGAGGUGGAAGAUCAUCUGGGGUUGUAAACGAAGAGAACUUCAAACGACGACGAAGAAUAGGUACCAAGGUACCUUAGCUACUGGUCCUCACUACAUCGAAAGGUUGAAUAAUACUGCAAACCUGAGUAAGACUGAAGGUCCUACUGUACUUUCGUACUCACAUGAGUGGAAAAGAUCAACAAUGUAUUGGCUGCCUGGUAACUAUGUAGGCUAGUGGACAGUCAUAUUCAUUGUCAUCUGCAGCAUCAGUCAGGG